CCCUCAUCAGUGACGCACCUCCAUGGUCGACCGUUGACAGUUUAUCAACAAAUACCUGCAAAAUGGACUAAUUUUCGUCUUCAAAUGUGCCAAAGACUUCUCUUAUCUGGUUGUAUUUUUACAUCAGAAUGAAGUAAAAUUGUCACCGACCCGGUUUUACCUGUACAGUGACUUUUUGACGGACAAAAAGCUGAAAUCUUCCUACAGACAUUAUGUCGUUCCUAGUGGACUCAGUCAUCAUGGUCACCUCACAGGUGUUGUUCUUUGGAUUUGGCUGGUUAUUCUUUAUGCGGCAACUCUUCAAAGACUAUGAGGUGCGACAGUAUGUUGUUCAAGUGGUUUUCUCUGUCACCUUUGCUUUCUCAUGUACCAUGUUUGAACUCAUCAUCUUUGAGAUCCUUGGUGCCUUAAGUAGUAGUUCCAGGUAUUUCCACUGGAAACUUAAUCUCUAUGUGAUUCUACUGGUUCUGAUCUUUGUGGUUCCUUUCUACAUCGGGUACUUUGUUGUCAGCAAUAUACGCCUGUUGCAGAGACAGAGGCUUCUUUUUGCCUGCAUGGUGUGGUUUACCUUCAUGUAUUUCUUUUGGAAGUUGGGCGACCCAUUUCCCAUCCUCAGCCCAAAACAUGGCAUCCUGUCCAUUGAGCAGCUUAUCAGCCGUGUCGGUGUCAUUGGAGUCACUCUCAUGGCUCUGCUGUCUGGGUUUGGUGCUGUUAACUGUCCUUACACGUACAUGUCCUAUUUCCUCAGAAAUGUUACAGUCAGUGACAUCCUUGCUCUGGAGAGACGACUGCUCCAAACUAUGGACAUGAUUGUCAGCAAAAAGAAACGAAUUGCUAUGACACGAAGGCAGAUGUACCAACGCGGAGAAGACCAGAACAAACAAACAGGUUUCUGGGGCAUGAUCAAGAGUGUUACCUCCACUCAAACAAGCAGUGAAAACCUCGCUCUCAUCCAGCAGGAAGUCGAUGCUCUGGAAGAACUCAGUAGACAACUGUUUCUAGAGACUGUGGACUUACAAGCUACCAAGGAGCGAAUUGAGUACUCGAAAACAUUCCAGGGGAAAUACUUCAACUUCCUUGGCUACUUCUUCUCCAUUUACUGUGUUUGGAAAAUCUUCAUGGCUACUAUAAACAUCGUGUUCGACCGAGUUGGGAAAACAGAUCCAGUGACGAGGGGUAUCGAAAUCACAGUGAAUUACUUGGGCAUCCAGUUUGAUGUUAAGUUUUGGUCUCAACACAUCUCUUUCAUCCUGGUGGGUAUAAUCAUUGUUACAUCCAUACGUGGAUUACUCAUCACACUCACCAAGUUCUUCUGUGCAAUAUCAAGCAGCAAGUCUUCCAAUGUCAUCGUGCUUGUCCUUGCUCAGAUAAUGGGGAUGUAUUUUGUAUCGUCCGUGCUGCUGAUGCGUAUGAGCAUGCCACUGGAGUAUCGCUCCAUCGUGACUGAGGUUCUGGGUGAGCUGCAGUUCAACUUCUACCAUCGCUGGUUUGAUGUCAUCUUCCUGGUCAGCGCAUUGUCCAGCAUCCUUUUUCUUUAUCUUGCCCACAAGCAGUCACCAGAGAAACACAUGGCCCUCUGAUCAGCUCCUUUCUCUAUAAUGACUCUUGGCCCACAGGGUGACUUUUAUUCUGGAAAUUAGGGAUAUCAGAUUUUUUAUAUAUAUCUAUAUGACAUAAUAGUCUGGACUGACUAUUCCUGAAUCAGGAAUGGCUGAUUGUUGGAUAUGAGUGAGGGUGAACUGCUGGAGCAGAUUAAGGAACAGGUUUGAAUGUGUGCUCACUUGAAUUAAAAAACAUUUUCCGAA